GCCGCUGUAAGCUCUGCCGUCUCCUCAGCCUUUCCUUCUUGCUGGUAACCGGAGCACCGAGCCGGGCGCGCUCUUUGCUUUGGUUCCCGGGGCGGCCCGCGCCAUUAUGUCUCGUGCCGUCCCGCUCCUCUUGAUGCUGCUCUGCUUGGCCCAGCGCCGCGCCUCCUUCGCCGGGCCCACCGCCUCGUCCCUGGAGAGCGUGGCGGACCCCUGCCUAAGCCAGCCCUGCAAGAACAACGGCACCUGCACGCCGGUCUUAGCCAAACUGCCCGCCGCGCCCCACCGCCUGCCGUUGCUUUUUCUUUCGCCUCAGCCUGCUUAUAGCUGCCUCUGUCGCUCGGGGGUCACCGGCACCGAAUGCCAGUUUGUUUCAGAUCCAUGUGCCAGCAACCCUUGUCACCAUGGCAACUGCACUAGUAAUGGGGAUGGAUAUAUCUGUGUUUGUAAUACUGGCUAUGAAGGUACAAACUGUGAAUAUUCAUUUUAUGGUUCCCCAGUGUCUGGGUGGACAGAAUCAGAAUUGCCAAGUGAAAAUAGGCCAGGAGCAGCCACCAUGGAACCUGAUAUUAUCCUGCCACGAGCCCAAGCAACAGUGACAUUACCGACAUGGGAACCCAAGGAGGGGCAAAAACUUGUGGAUCUGAAAUGGGAUGAAGUAGAAAUAAUUCCUGAUGUAGCCUGUGGAAAUGCCAGCUCCAAUAAUUCUGGUGGGGGUCGUCUAAUCUCUUUUGAAGUUCCACAAAAUACUUCAAUAAAAAUAAGGCAAGAUGCCACUGCUUCCCUUAUCCUAUUAUGGAAGGUGACCACAGAAAGGUUUAAAGAAUGCUCACUUAUAGAUGCCACAAGCAUUACUCUUCUCCAAGCAAUGGGUGGACUUGUCCUAGCAGAGGAGAUGCUGGAAUUGGGAAACAACUAUUUCAUUGGUUUUGUGAAUGAUUCUGUUUCCAAAUGCAUCGUUCCAUUACGCUUGACGGUUAUAGUAAAGGUCAGCAUGUGUUUGCCUGGAGGAGUCCAGUCUGAUGGCUUUCCAUGUUCUGGGGAAGGCAGAUGCAUUACAAGAGCGUCUGAG